AUGAGAGUGGCCUACCGGAAUAUCAUAGGUCUUAAAAGAAUAAGAGCAAAAGAUAAAUUAAGAUCUUUAGUGAAUCAAUUUAGUCCUUCUUUGAUGUGGUUAGCUGAGCCUAAAAUAAGAGUUAGAAACAAUUUUGUUAAAAAUUUGAGAUUACCUGGAAUGAGUCAUAUGUUGAUUCAUAAUUUAAGUGAUACUGGUAAAGGGAACAUUUGGUUAUUAUGGCAUUCUUCUUUGUCAACACCACAAGUAGUAUCCAAUACUAAACAAGCAAUUACAGUCAGAAUUGGAGAGGUUUUGGGUACAGGUAUUCAUGUUGCAUGUCUAACAGUUGAUAGAAGAACUCUUUGGGAAGAAUUAAAGAAGAUCAAUAAAAUGAAUUGUCCAUGGCUGGUAAUUGGAGAUUUCAACACUGUUUUAAACUGUGAUGAUAAAGUUGGAGGUAGAAGUCCUUUAAGAGUUUCAAUGUCAGAUUUUAACAAGUGUUUGGAAAAUUGUGGUCUUUUACAAGCUCCAAGAUCAGGAAUUAAAUACUCUUGGUGCAACAAUAUAGUGGAUCAUGGUGCAUUACUGGGAGGGACUAAUGAAUUUCCUAAGCCAAGUAAUAUUCCUUUCAAGUAUCAAAAUGUUUGGACUUCUCAUCCUGAUUUUAAAAAUCUUAUACAAAUAUCUUGGGAAGAAGAAUGUUCAGGAAAUCCAGCUUUUAGAUUUAUGAGUAAAUUGAAAAGAUUUAAAGUAUGUGUUAAGAAAUGGAAUUGGGAGGUUUUUGGAGACUUAAGAGUUAAAGUUAAAGAAACUGAAGAGGAAGUGCUCAAUGCUUCAUUACUCUCAGAUGCUCAGCCAGAAAAUUUGGAACUACUUAAUAAGUUGGUUACUGCAAGAGGCAAGCAUGAGUUAGUGGCUAAUCAGUAUAAUGAAUUAAUGGGGGCAAAGUCAAGAAUAAAAUGGGUGAAAGAAGGUGGUGCAUACUGGUUUUUUCCAUACUUCAAUGAAGAUUAG